GUAUUGUCCUUAGUUCGAAAUUGAUUUUCCAUUUCUUAAAUUUAGUUAUUUCGAUUGCCAUGUAUAAUUAUUAUGCAUUUUGUGCAAAUAAGAAGGCAACUUUUGGAAUGGACAAUUUUCACAAUAUGCGGAACGAGGCGGAAGGUGUUAUUGGUUGGUUUUUUGAUUUUAGACAUUUUGAAAUUUUUUUAUAUCUAACUAAUUCCAAUUAAUAGGCCACAUCAUCUCUCCAAAAUUUCCUGUGCUUAAUGAAGCAAUGAAAUUAGGACCGGCUUUGGUAGAGGGCAACACUUUCAUCUUAAAUCCUCAAGCACCUUUAACCGCUUUAUAUGUAGCAAAUUUAAUUAAAGAGGCUGGUUUUCCUUCUGGUGUUGUAAAUGUGGUCCCUGGCUUCGAAUCUGCGCAUAAGGCACUUUCUUCCCAUCCGAAUGUUGAUAAAGUUGAAUUAUUUGGCUUUACUAAAAGUGAAUUGCAAAGCGGUUAUUUUUCUCAAGCAAAUUUGGAAAAGAUGUCACUUGAAUUAGAUGGCAAACAUCCACAAAUCAUGUCUGGAUAUGCCGAUUUUUCUCGUUUAGAGGAUUAUGUUGCGUUGGAAAGUUUCGUCCGUCGGGCCCAUCUCGGAAUUCUUCGUGAAAAUGGAGUCAAUUUGGAUGUAGAUACCGAAGAUGAUUCAAAAGCCAUUCAUUCUUUAAUCAGCACGGCUCGUGAUCUUGUAGGUUCUUCAACUGUUGGUGGUAAGCAGCCCGUCCCUUUCCAAUUGCUUCGUCGUUUUGAGAUUGAAUAUGCAAUUGAAAAGAAAAUUUACAAAAAUGCAUUGGAAUGUAUCAGCGAUGCGGAAAAAUGCUUGACAAGUAAAAAGGGGAAAAACGAAAUAUAUAAAGCCUAUUCAUGUGCCUUGAAGCAUUACUACAAGGAAUAUGGGAUUUUUAUUGAGACUCACAAUGCGUCACGAUAUUUGCUUUUGUUUGCUGCUGCCACAACCAAAGAUAAAUUCAUUUUGAAAUGGGCCAAAGGUGUUAACGGACAUGCGAAUGCUAUUCACCGAAACUCAUUUAACGGCUCGAUGGACGAAUCAGACAUUUGGGACAUUUUGAGCAUUAUGAAGGAUUUGGCUGUCACCUUGCCUCAAAUUGACAGUAAAAAAGUUGAGUAUGAGUUGAAUCUUCAUGUGCCACAUCAGGAAGGUGAACAGAAAAUUCUCAAAAGAGAAAAUUUGAAGAUGGAGAUUGACAUUAAAAUGACGACGAUGAAGAUUAUCAAGAAGCCACUUACCGAGAAGAUUUACGGCUUGGGCCCCUUUGAUUUUAAGUAUAUUUGCAUUUAA